GUUUGUGUGCACGUGUGAGUGUCUGGUCAUCUUAAGUUUUUCUGUCGCCCAAUUGAAGUGUGUGAGCAGUUCGUCAAAAACAAAUUGUCAAGUGUUGCGUGAGGCGGGUGCUUUCCUUUGCUGCAAACAUGGAUCAAGCGUCAACCGAAGGGUCCGAAAGAAAGCAACAUACACCAAGUGAAGGGACCAAACGAAAACCUCCUGGACCUUUAGGCUUGCCCUGCAUUGGUUCACUCAUUGAUUACAAAGGGCCUUCAACAAACUUGGAGUGGACGAAGCGGUUUGGACCGAUUUACUCCGUCAAGCUAGGGAGCAAGACACUCGUCUACCUGAAUAAUGUACACCUGGUCGAAACUUAUCUAGAAGGAAAAAUGGGCGAAAAAUUUCUAGACAGACCAAUGGGACCAGGAGCCAUAGGGGAAGGUUUACUUUUUGGAAAUGGAGAAGCAUGGAAGAAAAACAAAAAAGCUUUCAUGAAAGCUCUGUACACACACAGUUUCUGCGAGACAAUGGAAGGCGCAAUACAGACAGAACUUAAACUCGUCAUAGGGAAUUUGCAGACGCACUGUGGGAGAGAAGUGAACAUCGGUGACCUGAUGAUUUCAGCUUGUGUUAAUGCUGUUGCCGCCCUGCUUCUAGGAGGUUCCCUCCCGCAUGAUUCAGCUGAUAGAAAAGAACUUGAGAAGGUGGCAAGGAAUUUGGAAGGCUGUGAUUUAAACUCCGUAUUGACACAAAUUGCAAUCAAGUUACCAAAACUGAGAGAACCUUUGUCUAAACUGUUUUUCAAAGAAAUCGUCGAUGUGCACGGCACGUCUCGACAGUUGCAAAGAUUAUUGCGACAGUGGAUACGCCAAGCUAGAAGUGGCUCGUUGUCUCCGCUUCCUGCUGAGCAGACGAUCUCCUCACAAGGAUCAACCGUUGAAGACAGCUCAGGACAGCCACUGCUGACCCCACCAAGAGAUGACAGCACCAUAGAGGCGGCCAUGCGUUGUGCGUCACAACUAGCUGUGCUUGGCUUCUCUGAGACAGGUCAUGGGGAGCUGCCGUACGAGGCGCCGGAAGAGCCGUCCGAUGUUUGUCCUCACACUCCGCUUACAGAAUACCAGUGGACCUUCUCACAGCAAAUGUCCCUAAAUGAAAGAAACGAUUCGAUACUUCAAAGAAUCCUGAGACAGCCGGAAUUUUCUGGCGUGACAGAAGAAAACGAUCAGGAACUGCUUCAAUCCCUUAUAGACUUGUUCUUUGGGGGCGUGACAAGUACUCUUUCGGCAGUUGAGUUUACCUUGAUGCACCUGUGUCGGCAUCCGGCCAUGACAGAGCACGCCCUAGCUGAAAUAGACCACGUCGUUGAAAAUAAGAAAGGUGUGAUCAGCUGGUCUCUGAUGGAACUGAUGCCCUACACACGGGCCUGUAUAACAGAAGCCCUCAGGCUAGGCUCGAUCACCCCGUCCUCACUUCCACACGUGGCUAUGGAUGAUACACAGAUUGAAGGUUACUUCAUACCAAAAGGUACCUUUGUUAUGGCUGGCAUCUAUAGUCUACAUUACGACCCUAGCUAUUAUUUGGAUCCGGAAGAAUUUCGACCACAAAGACACCUUGACAGCAAAAAUAGAUUCAAUCGUCCUCGCAGCUUUAAACCGUUUGGAGUUGGUGCAAGACGCUGUGUUGGGGAGAAGAUGGCGGAGAUGCAGAUUUUCCUCUACGUUGUCACAAUACUACGCCAUUUUAAGCUGGAGAUACAGGACGAGAAGAAGUGUUCAGAAACACACAUGCGGAUCAUUCAUCGCUUGAAGGAGCUCAAAUGCUUUAUCUCUGCCAGAAACCGUUUCUUUUAGUUUAUUUACAUGCAAAAGUUGAUUUAUUUGUAGAGUCAUUUUGAUAAGUUACUAUAUGGGUUACCUGCAUUUUAUCUUCCACAUUUAUGGCACGUAUUCUCAAUUUAUCUUCUACUGGUGACAAAACAAAUCAUCUCAGGACAAAUUAUUUUUAGAUAAAUUAUCUAACAAAAUAUCUCAGAUAAAAUAUCUUAGACAAAAUAUCUCAAACAAAAUAUCUCACAGCAAAAUACCGAUAUAGUGUGACUUUUGAAAGAAACCAGACA